AUGGCUACUCUCUCUGCCCAGCCGAGAUUUCUUCGAUCCAUCACCCUUGACCGCGCCGCAAAGUUCAGCUCCGCCGACUUUUACAGCGACAUCAACCUGUAUUCGCAGCUCUAUAAAAAACGAUCGACAGAUGCUAUCCAGCUCCAAGUCUACUCUGUCCCGGACCUGAGGCGGAUCCCAUUUGACGAAGCAGUAAAACAGCACUUUGAGCCGACUACCACAGGAACGCUCUAUGGUCCCAGUUGGAGCACCCACUGGUUCAAGGUGAAGAUUACAGUGCCACACGAGUGGGCUGGCGAGCAGGUUGAAUUGAUAUGGGACUCUAGCAGUGAGGCUAUGGUCUGGUCCACCGAUGGCAUCCCCCGGCAAGGCUUGACCGGCGAUAAGGGAAACGAUAGACGCGUCGAAUACGUGCUCCUGAAGAAGGCCAAGGGCCGCGAGACGAUCGAAUUGUUCGUUGAAAUGGCCUGCAACGGCAUGUUCGGUGCUGGCAUGAAUAACAUCAUCAACCCACCGCAAGAGAAUAGGCGCUUUUUGCUUGCACAAGUUGAAAUUGCGGUGCCCAACAAAGCCGCAUGGCAGCUCUUUUAUGACAUGCAAGUCAUACUGGGCAUGGCGAAUGAGCUCCCUGAAGACACUGUGCGCGCUCAGGAGGCUCUGUAUGCUUGCAACCAAGUGAUCGACAGCUUUGACAGGCUGAACAUUGAAAAUGCGCUGCAAAAAUGCUUGCAGAUCACCCGCGUAUUCCUUGAGAAGAAAGCAGCGCCGGGGGCGCAUCGAGUUACUGCGGUUGGAAACUGCCACAUUGACACUGCAUGGUUAUGGCCGUAUGCUGAAACGCGCCGCAAGACCGCCCGAAGCUGGUCUACGCAGCUGCGACUUAUGGAGGACUAUCCCGAGUAUGUCUUUGUCUGCUCUCAGGCACAGCAGCUCGAAUGGCUAUCCCAGGACUAUCCAAAGCUGUUCAAGGAGAUCCGGGCUGCAUCGAAAAAGGGCCGGUUUCAGGCCAUCGGCGCCACUUGGGUAGAAAUGGAUUGCAACCUUCCCAGCGGCGAAGCCCUUUGUCGUCAGUUCCUAUACGGACAGCGGUUCUACGAGAUGAAAUUCGGUGCUCGCUGCAAAAUCUUUUGGCUACCAGACACGUUUGGAUACUCGGCUCAGCACAGACUCUUUCCCCAUCUCACGCCGGUUUCGGUUUCCAUUAUUUUGCAGUUGCCGCAGAUCGUCAAGCAAUCUGGCGCAGAGUACUUUUUCACUCAAAAGCUGUCGUGGAAUAACAUCAACAAGUUCCCAAACACGACUUUUACUUGGGUAGGUCUGGAUGGAACUAAGGUCCUGACACACAUGGCACCUUGCGAGACAUACACUGCUCAAGCAGACGUUGGCGAUAUGAUACGCAGCAUCAAGAGGAACCGCGAUCUAGCUUUCAGCAACCAGAGUCUUAUGCCAUAUGGUAAUGGCGAUGGAGGUGGAGGACCGCAAAGGGCCAUGCUGGAGCGAAUUAGGCGCAUGAAAGACAUUGAUGGACUCCCUCGAUGCGAGAUGGACAGUGCGAAUGCGUUUUUUGAAAGCGUGGAAAAGCAAGCCAAGGGCCUGCAGGAAUGGAAGGGCGAGCUGUACUUUGAGCUCCACCGUGGUACUUAUACUUCCCAGGCUGCCACCAAACGAUACAAUCGAAAGCUCGAGUUUCUUCUGCGCGACUUGGAGAUUGUAUCUACAAUGUGCCUUGUGCUGGAACGGGAGUUCAGCUACCCAAAGGAGGAACUGGACCUGCUGUGGAAAAAUCUUUUGCUGAAUCAAUUUCACGAUGUCCUCCCCGGAUCAGCCAUCGAGUUGGCCAAUAUCGAUGCCCGAAAGAUCUACCAGCAUAUCGAAAUCAAGGCGAAAAAGCUGCUAGGUGACAGCCUCGACAGCUUGUACAGAUCCUCCAAAUCUCUAGGAGAAGAACCGUGUUAUGUCGCCUUCAACUCACUUGGAUGGCGUCGCUCAGAGAUCAUCGAAGUUCCAUCAUACACUGGUGACAACUUGCAGCAGUACUCUGCUGGCAAAAAUGCUGGAUACGUUAGAGUCGAGAACGAUGCUUUUGGUUUCAAGGAUCUUGCUGAAUCAACGAAUGACCAUAAGAGAGUGAAGGCAUUCGCCAGCGGUGAAGAUUUUGUCAUGGAGAAUGAUUGGAUUAUCGCAAAGUUCAACCAGCAGGGGCAUCUCAUCAGUCUCUUUGACAAAAAUGAGAUGCGAGAACUCGUUCCAGAAGGGCAAGCAGGGAAUAAGAUGAAGUUCUAUGAAGAUAUUCCAUUGUACUGGGAUGCAUGGGAUGUGGAAAUUUAUCAUCUUAAUACCGGCAAGAAUGCCGGCACAAGCAAUGCCAAGAUUAAAGAGGUUGGCCCGCUCUGCGCCGCCCUAGUUGUUAAGCAUGCUUUGUCUGAGAACAGCACUGCCGUGCAGACCAUUGUCCUGACCGCCGCAUCUCCUCGCUUGGACUUCCAUAUGAACGUCGAAUGGCACGAGAAUCGAGUGCUUUUGAAAGUCGAAUUCAUGUGGGAUAUUCAUUCCGACCUUGCCACUUAUGAUACGCAGUUUGGUGUUGUGCAACGCUCGACUACCUACAACACCAGCCAUGACUACGCGAAGUUUGAGGUCUGCGGCCACAAGUUUGCAGAUCUCUCUGAGCACGGGUAUGGCGUUGCCCUCCUGAACGAUUGCAAAUUUGGGUACUCUUGUCACGGCAAUGUGAUGUGUCUAUCGCUUUUACGUUCGCCUAAGGCGCCCGAUGUCAACUGCGAUAUGGGUAGGAUUAAGGACACAGAAUCGAGACCUCUGACGCCGUUCUUGCGUUGUGGUUAUCAACUAGGACACCACGAGUUCUCAUUUGCAGUCUAUCCGCACAAAGGCACGUUCCACGAAUCCAAUGUCGUGCGGGAAUCGUAUCAGUUCAAUGUGCCUAUGAUCAUCAGGUCUGUUUCGCAGAGUGCUCUGAAGGAACGUGACAAAGCACCCUUUAUUGAGAUCGAGGGAGCCAAAAAUGUGAUCUUGGAUACGGUCAAACGAGCUGAAGACUCUAACCACAUUAUCGUGCGGCUUCACGAAGCCUUUGGUGGUCGCGCUAUGUUCAAGCUCAAAAGCUCCUUGAACAUCCAGAGUAUUCACCGAUGCAAUAUCAUGGAGGACGAAGGGGACAAAGUGGAAUUUAACAAAGCCGAGCGUGUGACUAGAUGGCUGGUUAUGCAUGCAUUUGAGAUUCUAACUCUGAAGCUGAAAGUGAAGUGA